AUGAGCCGCUCCUCGUAUCAUAAUUUGCAGUUGACGGAGGUUGAGGACAUUCUCUUAUUGAUUCUUUUCCUCGUGCCAGCACUGCAUCGCAUCACGUGUGAUGAAGCCACUGGUCACGUGAUCAGCCUCGAUCUCAGUGAGCUCUAUAUCCAUGGUCGGAUUGAUUUCGAAUGCCUCUUUCGCCUUCGGAGCCUGCAGAGGCUCAACCUUGCUUACAAUGAGUUUGAUCCCUCUCCAUUCCCUUAUGGGUUUGACCAGCUCACCAGUUUGACCCAUCUCAACCUCUCUCACUUAUCCUUUUAUGGCCAAAUCCCACUGGAAAUCUCCCGCUUGACCACUUUGGUUUCUCUCGAUCUCUCUUACAAUUCAUAUUGGAAUGGUUCAUCCUUUGAAGACCUGAAACUCGAAAACCCAAGCAUUGGAGCAGUCGUCCAAAACCUGUCCAAUUUGAGUGAACUCUAUCUGGACGGGGUAGACAUCUUACUGCAGGGCCAGACUUUAGAUUUGCCACUCCCUCCUCUCCGCAAGUUGAGCUUACGAUAUUGUCUUCUUUCAGGUUCCAUCUAUUCUUCCCUUUCACACCUCCAUUUCUUAUCUGAACUCGACCUCAGUUAUAACAAUCUCUCCUCCGCAGUGCCCAGCUUCCCAGGGAGCCUCCGCAAGUUAAUCUUACAAGAUUAUUGUGGAUUGCAUGGAAAAUUCCCUGACAGUGUUUUCCAGCUGCCAAACAUACAAAUCCUUGACAUUUCGAGAAAUCCACUUCUGACCAGCUAUUUGCCAGAAUUCCCUCCAAACAAUACUCUACAGAAAUUGAUCCUUUCAGGCGCAGGGUUUUCAGGAAAGAUACCAGAUUCAGUCAGUAAUCUCAAAUUCUUGAGUAAAUUAGACCUCAGCAAUUGCAACUUGUCAGGAUCAUUACCAUCCUCACUUUCAAAGCUUACCAAACUUCAAUCCUUGGAUCUUUCACACAAUAGAUUGAGCGGUCCAAUUCCUUCUUCCUAUGGAAAUGAGCUUCAGAAUCUCAAAGAGAUAAGCUUAUGGAAUAAUUCGCUUAAUGGGACCAUUCCAUCAUCAUUGUUUUCACUCCCAUCAUUACAUGCACUGGACCUCACAAGUAAUCAACUUAGUGGUCAACUUGGUGAGUUCCACAAUGCCUCUUCUUCACAGCUGGAGUACAUCCAUUUGGGUGACAAUCAAUUGCAGGGGAUGAUACCGAGAUUUAUCUUUCAACUUACCAAGCUUCAAAUACUUUUUGUUUCUUUCAAUAAUUUCAGUGGUGUUGUAGAGCUAGGCUUAUUUCAAAACCUCAAAAAACUUUACUUUCUGGGUCUUUCAGAUAACAACUUGUCGGUCCAAUAUGGCAAUGGUAAUUCCACAUUUGUUUCCAUCCCUCUGAUUGAAUCUUUGUUGUUACGUUCUUGCAACAUCAGCACAUUUCCAAAUUUCUUGAGAAACCAAGAGCAGUUGUGGCAAUUGGACCUUUCCAACAAUAAAAUUAGCGGUGAAAUACCUAAAUGGAUAUGGAAAGUUGGCAAUGGGUCUUUACACUAUUUAAAUCUUUCGCACAAUCUUCUACAGGGAAUAGAACCAUCUCCCCAUCUUUCGUUGAGUGACUUCAGUGUUCUGGACAUCAGCUCCAACAAGCUAGAAGGCUCACUUCCUAUCCCACCAUCCUCCAUCUUUUUCUUUUCAGUUUCAAACAAUAACCUCAGUGGAGAAAUCCCUCGAUCAGUUUGCAAUGCAACAUCCCUAAUAGUCCUUGAUUUAUCUCACAAUUACUUCAUUGGUCAGAUUCCACCAUGUUUGGGUGAGAUUGGUGAUAGCCUUAGUGUGUUGAAUCUUCAAGAAAAUGCUUUCAAUGGCACCUUACUUCAGACAUUUAAAGAGGGAUGUAAAAUACAAACGCUUGAUCUCAGUGGGAAUCAAUUAGAGGGACAAGUGCCAAGGUCUUUGGCCAAUUGCAAAAUGUUGGAGGUAUUAAACCUUGGAAACAAUCAAAUAAAUGACUCCUUUCCAUCAUGGAUAGCAGCUUUGCCCCUUUUGCGCAUUCUUGUCUUAAAAUCCAACAAAUUUCAUGGCUCCAUUAUACUUCCACAAACAAAUCAAAGCUUCCCAAUGUUGCAGAUCAUUGACCUCUCUUCUAAUAGUUUCAUGGGUGGUUUGCCAUCAAAUAUGUUUGAGAAUUUGAAGGCAAUGAUGGAUGAAGACAAAUCUCAAUCUUUCCUUCAUAGAACCCUACCUGGACCAAGGGAAAUGGUGUUCUAUCAAGAUACGGUGACAGUAAUGAUCAAAGGACUAGACAGGGAACUCACCAAGAUCCUAUCCAUCUUCACAACAGUUGAUCUCUCAAACAACUAUUUUCAGGGGGAUAUUCCAAAAUCUAUAGGGUUUCUCAAGUCGCUACAUCUACUCAAUAUGUCGCACAACGGUUUCACGGGCCAAAUUCCAACAUCACUUGAGAAUCUAGCGGUGCUUGAGUCAUUGGAUCUCUCACAAAACAAUAUCUCAGGGGAGAUUCCUUGGCAGCUGACAAAGCUAACAUUCCUCUCGGUAUUGAACUUUUCACAAAACCACCUUGUAGGAAACAUACCACAAAGUAAACAGUUUUCUACAUUUACAAAUGAAUCAUUCCAAGAAAAUCCAGGAUUAUGUGGUCCUCCACUAUCAAAGAAAUGCCAAGAUGUCGAGGGUGCACCAUCGUCCGCUCCGUUAGCACUGCAAUCUGAAAGGAAAUACGAUUGGGAACUGAUGUGUAUAGGAUUUGGAGUUGGAUAUGGAGUAGGUGUGGGGAUGCUUUUCUGGACUCUAGCACUUUCGAGGAAGGGAAGGAGAGAAUUUUAUAUAUUUGUUGAUAGAAUGCUUGCUUUGAUUUUUCCUUCCAUGUUGUUUGUUGCAUUUGCACUUGCUUGA